AUGAAUAUUUCUUCUGAGAGGGGGAGCUUAAGCCCUUGUAGUUCAUUUGGGUCUAGAAGUCAAGGAAGGAGAGCUGCUCCAUUGUACAAAUGUGGGAGGCACAAUGUUCUUUACAAGACCAUUAGAAACCCAAAUAGAGCAUUUUUUGGGUGUCCCAAUUUCAAGGAAAAGAAGUCAUACUGCAACUUUUUUACAUGGGUGGAUGAUGCUACAUCUGAUACCAUGGAGCUGGAAGAUUGGAGAAUUACUACGCUAGAGUUGAAUGUAGCUGAAAUGGAAUUCAAGUUGAAGUUUGUGGACAUGAAGCUCAAUGAUGAACUGCAGCUAGAGAUGAAUGACCACAAAAAGAAGAUUAAUGAGCACCAUAUAAACAUUAAUGAACUAUCAAUGAAGAUGCAUGCAGAGUUUGAAAGGGUGGAGAAGGAAAUUAAGCAUGUGUGUAGGUGUGCUAGGGUGUUUGCUGGAUCCAUUAUUGUUGUGUUUGUAAUAUGUAUAUAUCUUGCAAGUAGGCUGGACUGA